AUGACCACUACGGAAUACACUGCGUGCUGUUUUCCUGCCGCGCAUUCUCCCGUCGACUAUUGCUUCAAACCGUGCAUUCGCCCGAAUUGGUGCUCAAAACCGGGUUUCUGGGAUCCUCAUGCUGUGACGGAGAUCUGUCUGCCCGUUUUGGCAAGAUCGGUGUACUCCGCUACGAGGACAAUGCAUCUGGAGAAGGCGACUUUUGAUGAUCCGUGUGGCCGAAGAGUACCCGAUGGAGACAUUUGUAGAGGCAUCACAAUGUAUACAGAACCUUGGCAUAGGGAGGACUGCGUUGAAAGAGCUGUUCAACGCUACAUCUGCUUCCCCUGCAAAAUGGAGCUUAUUGAAUGCAUCGACUUGAGGCCAGAACGAGCUCUGGCCGUGCUUCUCUCCUAUCUCAAACAUCGUGGUCCCUUUCUUGUUUGGAUUUAUCGUGGAAAAGAAACCGCAUACAACAUUGGAAGACAUCUUCCGAGAACGGUUAUUCAAUUUCUGACUCACCUUCCAGAGGUUGAAAUGAGUGCAGCGAUUGCAAUUGGACGAUAUUUAAGCCACCUUCUGCGCAUUUCCUAUGGGCAUCAAAUGAUGAAUAUGCGAAAGACCCUUGCCACCGUAUGGGGUCCCAUCUUUCUCAAGGUUGAGCCAGCAACCGAUGUAAAACCACCCAUUAAUAUGACUGAAUGUGAAAAGUUUGAUGCGGCCAUUGAGGUAAGACUUUAG